AUGUUGAGUGACCCCAGGCAAGGUCUGCUGCAGGCUGCCCGUCGCCGUGUCCCAGAGCCGCACUGUCUCGUCAUCGGAGCCGGACGCCAGCAGUCUGCCGUCCGGCGAGAAGGCCACACAAUUAACCCAGCGGGAAUGGCUCUCCAGAGUCUUCUGCAGGCCGCCCGUCGCCGUGUCCCAGAGCCGCACUGUCAGGUCAUUGGAGCCGGAUGCCAGCAGCCGGCCGUCCGGCAAGAAGGCCACAGAGUUAACAGAGCCGGAAUGGCCCUCCAGAGUCUGUAA